CAAUCCACCGUCACCAAUAAUAUGAAGUGGGAGAUUAUAAUAUAGUGGCAGCCUUGUCAAUGGAGAAUCAUCACCCUUCAACUCUCUUAUCAAUGGAUUCAAGUGCUUCUUCCCAUGAAGAAUUGGAUUUAGAAAUGAGCAGACAAAUUGUUCUUUCUCGUCCACCUGAUAUCAAUUUGCCUCUCUCUGCUGAGCCUAGCCCUCCUCAGCUGCCAUGGAACUCUGACCACUGUGAUAUUUUAGAUGUUGGGCUUAAUUCACAAGCUUAUGAUACCGAGUGCUGCCUAACAGCCCCCAAAACUGGACGCAGAUGUUCCAAAAGGGUUGAUAGUAUAUGGGGUGCUUGGUUUUUCUUUAGUUUUUACUUCAAACCUGUCGUGAUCGACAAAUCGAAAGCCAAGAUAACUCGUGAUGCGAAUGGAGUUGUUUCCGGUAUCGGUAAAUCCGAUCUCAAUUUGGAUGUUUUCAUGGUUCAACAUGAUAUGGAGAAUAUGUAUAUGUGGGUUUUCAAGGAGAGGCCCGAUAAUGCAUUGGGUAAAAUGCAGCUUAGAAGUUACAUGAAUGGACAUUCUCGCCAAGGGGAGCGGCCGUUUCCAUUCAGCGUCGAUAAGGGUUUCGUCCGUUCACACCGGAUGCAGCGGAAGCAUUACAGAGGAUUGUCGAACCCUCAAUGUGUCCACGGGAUCGAGGUUGUUCCGUCACCGAAUCUCAUGGCUAUCGACGAGGAAGAACAGAAAAGAUGGAUGGAGCUUACGGGAAGGGACUUGAAUUUCUCAAUUCCACCUGAUGCUAGUGAUUUCAGUUCAUGGAGAAACCUUCCAAUUAAUGAUUUCGAGCUCGAACGAGCAGUGAUAAAAAGUGUUUCGAAUUCUCAGUCCAAGAAGCUGUUAAAUGGUUCCGGACUCAAUCUGUCUACUCAGCCAUCUAGCCACAGCAAUGGCGAAGGGAUCAACGGGAUGGACUUAUCACUUAUGAGCAACAAAAAGAGGAAAGACUUUUUCCCACGGGGAAACGAAGACGAUAACUAUUUGGCUGCCAUUCCGGAUACGGAAGUUCACCCCAAUGAACCACACUGGUUAAACGAAUUCAGUGGUGUAAUGAAGAAUGUUUAUGGUCCUGUUACAGCUGCAAAGACCAUCUACGAAGACGAAUCAAGUUAUUUGAUCAUUAUAAGCAUGCCUUUUGUUGAUCUUCAAAGGGUCAAGGUUUCAUGGAGGAAUACUCUCAGUCAUGGCAUCAUUAAGGUAUCAUGUGUGAGCACGUCUCGGGCGCCUUUCAUCAAGAGACACGACAGAACUUUCAAGCUCACAGAUCAGGCCUCCGAGCAUUGCCCUCCUGGGGAAUUCGUUAGAGAAAUACCGCUGUCGACUCGAAUCCCCGAAGAUGCUAACAUCGAAGCAUAUCAUGAUGGCCCGGGUUCCGUGCUCGAGAUCAUGGUUCCAAAACUGCCCGUGGUGCCGGAAGAACACGAAGUCCGGGUCUGCCUGCGACCGAAGCUUGUAGGGAGUGAUCUCAUGCUGACAUGAAAGUACAGAGCAUCGUUGUUUUACUGACCUUUUCUCUUUUAGGUGUUAUUAAUUUUUUUGGUUAUGUCAUGGUAUUGUAUUUUGAUGACCCUCUACGGUCAUGGUUAGCAUUUGAUUGUAACUGUAAUUGAUUUUCAUUUGAUGUUAUUCUUCUUUAAAUUGAAGCAAAAAGCCGUUGACUCUGUCUUUGUUUCUUGAGUUGGAAAAGCUUUGCUUGCCGACACAAUGCAAUCCCAUCACGCGGUUUUUGUAGUUAAACGUGUCACACUGAUUUUCAAUCGAA